AAAGAGACCCCGUGCGUUUAAGGCCUGCGACAGACAGACCCAUUUUGUUUGAGCAAACCAAAGAAGGCUACAGUAACGCCGGCAUCUUGGUUAUUACGCUGUUUUCGCGAAGCAAAGCUACCCACGGUUGAUCUACAUCGUGUACUUCUUUUGGAAUUUUUGAGCCAGGGAGUAACCGAGCUGUAAUCUUGCCUGCAGUAUGUCGGUGGACAUGGACUCAGAUCACGUUAACGGCAACGGGACGGAGGAACCAAUGGACACAACAGCAGCGGUCUCACGCUCGGAACACUUUCAGACUUUACUGGAAGCUGGCUUGCAGCAGAAUGUAGCGGAGAAGCUUGACGAACUCUAUAUGGCAGGUCUGGUAGAGCACAGUGACCUUGACGAAAGAGCUCUUGAAGCUUUGAAAGAGUUCACAGAGGAGCGGGCCUUGCAGGUUCUGGUCCAGUUUAAGGAAAGUGAUCUGUCACACGUUCAGAACAAAAGUGCGUAUCUGUGUGGAGUGAUGAAGACUUACAGGCAGAGAGAAAAACAAGGGACAAAAGUUUCAGAUGCCACUAAAGGACCAGAUGAGGUGAAAAUCAAACAUCUCUUGGACAGAACAGACUACACUCUUGAUGUCACAACAGGCCAGCGAAAAUACGGUGGACCCCCGCCUGAGUCGGUGUACACUGGAGCCCAACCCACCGUGGGAACAGAGAUUUUCAUAGGAAAGAUUCCCCGUGAUUUGUUUGAAGAUGAGCUGGUUCCUCUCUUUGAGAAGGCGGGGCCUAUCUGGGACUUGCGACUCAUGAUGGACCCUCUGAGUGGCCUGAACCGAGGUUACGCCUUUGUCACAUUCUGCGCCAAAGAGUCUGCUCAGGAGGCGGUGAAGCUGUGCAAUGAUCACGAGAUCCGACCAGGCAAGCACAUCGGUGUGUGCAUAUCUGUGGCCAACAACAGGCUCUUUGUGGGCUCCAUCCCCAAAAGCAAAACAAAGGAGGAAAUUAUGGAAGAGUUCUCUAAAGUCACAGAGGGCCUCAGUGACGUCAUACUCUACCAUCAGCCUGAUGACAAGAAAAAGAACAGAGGUUUCUGCUUCCUGGAAUAUGAAGACCAUAAAACCGCUGCUCAGGCCCGCCGCCGGCUGAUGAGCGGCAAGGUGAAGGUUUGGGGCAACGCAGUGACCGUGGAGUGGGCGGACCCCAUUGAAGACCCCGAUCCUGAAGUCAUGGCUAAGGUCAAAGUGUUGUUUGUGCGUAACCUGGCUAACGACGUAACUGAAGAAACCUUGGAGAAGAGUUUCAGCCAUUUUGGAAAGCUGGAGCGAGUCAAGAAGCUGAAGGACUACGCCUUCAUUCACUUUGAGGAGCGCCAAGGUGCCGUGAAGGCGCUGGAGGACUUGAACGGCAAAGAGCUGGAAGGAGAACCCAUAGAAAUAGUGUUUGCCAAACCGCCUGACCAGAAAAGGAAGGAGCGAAAAGCUCAGAGACAGGCUGCCAAAACCCAAUUGUAUGACGACUAUUACUACUAUUCUCCCCCAUCCCACAUGACUCCUCUUACUAGAGGGCGGGGCCGAGGCAGUGGCCGGGGCGGCUACUCAUACUCUCAGGACUAUUACGGAUACGAGGACAACUAUGACUACUACGGCUACGACUAUAACAACUACCGUGGUGGCUAUGACGACCCCUACUACGGUUACGAAGACUACCAAUCCCCGGCCCGAGGGCGGGGUGGCAACAGGGGUGCCAGAGGCGGAGCCUCCCUAGGCAGAGGGCGCGGCACAACCGGCCCACCACGAGGCAGAGCCGGCUUCUCCCAGCGCGGCGGAUCUGGACCAGUCCGAGGAGGCCGGGGCGCCAGAGGAGGCUUGCAGCCGCGAGGGCGAGGAGGGGUACGUGGUGCGCGGGGCGGCCGCGGUGGAAAUGUGGGAGGAAAGCGCAAAGCUGAUGGGUACAACCAGCCCGAUUCCAAGCGGCGCCAGACCAAUUAUCAGAACUGGGGCUCCCGACCCAUUGCUCAACAACCGCUCCAAGGUGGUGAUCAUUCUGGUAACUAUUCCGGGUACAAAUCGAUCAACCAGGAAUUUUAUCAGGAUUCUUUUGGGCAGCAGUGGAAGUAAAGAAACUGCGUCUGAUUGAUUGCGACAUUUGCUCUAAAUUGGUGACAUCUGGCAAGAGAUUUUUUUGUAUAUAUUUUAAUGUUCUUUUUUUAAAAUCCAUUUGGCCUCUAGCUUUGUCUGUUUUUAGCUUGCCAUGUUUUAAUUAGCAAAAAAAACAGUCUGCGUGUUUUGUUCCAAAACAAAAGCAGUCAAAAGGACCGUCGUGAUCCUCACGUUUGGCUUUACUUUGUAUUCUUUGCUGUUUGUCUGCUUGAAUAAACAUACACACACUCGUGUACAAAACCUCCAA